UUAAAUUGCUUUUCUAAUUAAUGCGCUGGUCAAAUAUUUGCCAUUGCAUGUGUAGUGUUCUAUUGUAAUAAAAAGAGGAAGCAGCUCCGGGUUCUUAAGUUCUUGGGCUACUUUGAUUCGAUUCCGCCUUUCCGGCGGUCGUGUCGCGCGUGUUCCGUGGCUUAUAUUACCUGGAUUCUCGGUUCUCUCGGUCUCGUCGGUCAAGUGGUAUAGUCCAUUGUGUAGGACAGCAUAGCACCUCGGUCUCUUUGGCCCACUGCCAUUCUCUUUGGCUGACAGCUUGAGUUUGAGUCAAGAACAGCAGACUACGUCAUCGUUUGAUUGCGUCAGCUUUAGCUCUUUGUGCCACGCUCUUUGAUGUUUUUGUUCCAUUCCUUCUCUCUGUUUUGUUUUGCUAUAUUUGCGAUAUUCACAGCCGGUCGACAUGAGCAGCGAUUUCGAUUUAAUGGACGUGGUGGCCGGUGGUGAUGGUCCACCCUUGCAAGCCUUUCGAAGCAGUAAUCCCUUUGACGAGUGCAACGAGAAGACCUCCUCUCAACAGGAUUUUGAGCGGGAUCGGGAUGCCAAUCUGACGCCGUUGCAUAUGCUUCGGCGGGCCAGCGAAACGGUAACUGCUAGUAUAUUGGAACCGGAAAAGGAACAUCUCCUAGGCGACAAGCCGCAGGCUCCACCGCGCAGCCAUGGAGCCUCGAUGGCAAAUCCCUCUGAAGCCAAGCGCAGCAGACAGCAGCAAAAUCAGUGGCAGCUGCAACACCAAGAGCAGCACAAUAACAACACGGCAUUGGCGCCAGGUGACAAUAUGACACAAGGAGCAGCGCCGCAGGACUCGCAGGGCGACAUCCUGCCGACCCGCCCGCUGCAUACCAAAUUAGACAUACAGAAAAUCCCAGAGGAUGCGGGAGGCGGAGACGCCGCACAAAACGCUGCAACAAUAAUUUUAACGCCGACAUCAUUAAAUUUAACAAAUACAACACAAAAUGUUGCCGGCAACAAUGCGGGUAACUCUGGCUCCAGUUACCCAACUCAAACCCAAACUCCGUGCGGAGGCCGCGGCGACGAGUACAAAGGGCCCAAAUGGUGGCUACAUAUCCGGUCGCACUGGAUGAACAUUUCCGAGCUGGUGGCCCUGCUGGCCAUCUUCCUGGGUCUCUGGGCCAUGGGCUGGGUCCUGCUGCCGGAUUUCGCGCAGCCCCAAACGGUCAUCAUGCGCAUUGCAUUCCUCUUCGUGGGCGCCCAGAUCUCUGGCAUCCUGGUGACCUUCGUCCACCUGCCCGACAUGCUGGGCAUGCUCUUCUUCGGCGUGCUCUAUGCCAAUCUGGGCCUGGCCAAUUUCGAGGGCUAUCAGAAGUUCGAGCUGUUCUUGAGGGAAAUGGCCCUGAUCAACAUCAUGUUGCUGGCCGGCCUCGGCUUGGAUGGCGAUGCCUUCAAGCGGCUGUGGUUCAUGAUUCUCCGCCUGACCCUGCUGCCCACCAUUGUGGAGGUGGCGGCCAUCGCCGGACUGGCCUACCUCACACUCUCGAUGCCCUGGCUGUGGGGCAUCGCUUUGGGUCUGGUCAUCACCGCCGUCUCCCCCAAUGUGGUCGUCACCGUGAUGCUGAAGCUCAAGGAGGAUCGCCUCGGCCUGAACAGCGGCAUCCACACGCUCAUCUACGCCAUGACCACAUGCAACGAUGUGGUGGCCAUCUUCAUGUUCGGCGUGAUAAUCAGCGUAAUAUUCUCAACGACCUCGCUCACGCAGCAAGUGCUGCAGGGUCCCAUUGGCAUCGGGAUUGGACUCGUUUUCGGCUAUCUCUACGGCUCGAUGCUCCAGUACUUGCCGUCGCGCAACGCGACGUACGCAAAUGGGCUCCGUUUCGUCCUCACCGUCUUGGGCGGAACCAUCGCCGUGAUGGGCAGCCGCGUCAUCGGUUAUACGUCGGCAGGAGCUCUGGGUUGUGUAACGACCGCCUUUAUUGCGAGGAUUGGCUGGCGGCGGGAGGAGGCCAGACUGACGCCCCAGCAGCUGCAGGCCCAGCAGAUUGCCAGUGUGCCCAAGCGUCUGGACCUCAUGUGGAAGUUCCUCAAGCCCGUCUCGUUUGCGCUCAUCGGCAAGGAAAUUAAUUUCAACGUGCUGCAGGGCCAUGUAAUCGGUUAUGGCGCAUUGUUGGUGCUCGUCGGAAGUUUGUUUCGCCUGGCUUUUGCAUAUUUAUCCACAUAUGGCGGAAAUCUGUCGAGAAAGGAACGUGCCUACAUUACAAUUUCCGGUUUUCCCAAAGCAACUGUCCAAGCCGCCCUGGGUCCAGUGGCUUUGGACAUGGCACGUGCUGCCAGCGUGGCCAGUGCCGAGCAGCUGGCCCUGGCCAGCAAUGUGCUCAUCAUCUCGGUGCUGGCGAUUAUAUUCACCGCUCCACUGGGCGCCAUCCUCAUGCUGCGACUGGCGCCCCACUGGCUGAAGCACGGCGAUGCAGUGGAGGCGUUGGACACCCCGACCACCCCGGCACCAACGAACACCCAUUCCUUCAAGAGGACAUAGCCGAAGGACCCCGAAAACCGAAAGUUUUAAUCCACGCCGUACUUACCUAGCCCUCCUAGCCGUACUUAUACUUACGUGUACUUAGUCGCAUUCGGUAAUACGCUGUUCAAAUAAAAAUAAAUGCGAAAAGUUACCAACAUA